AUGACUGAUCCUACUAACUCCACCAAAAAACCAAACUUUGUUGUCAUUGUGGCCGAUGAUCUGGGCUUCUCAGACUUAGGCGCCUUUGGAGGUGAAAUCAAUACCCCCAACCUUGAUAAACUCGCUUUUAACGGUCUACGUUUAAACCAGUUUUAUGCAGCUGCCGCUUGCUCGCCCACACGUUCUAUGCUGCUCUCCGGCACCGACAACCAUAUUGCCGGUGUCGGCGCCAUGUUUGAGUUUGUACGGCGCACCCCUGGCUUUCGAGAAAAGCCUGGCUACGAGGGUUACCUCAACAAUAAGGUAGCCCCAUUCCCAGAACUUCUUUCUGAACGUGGCGGGUACCAUACCUUCAUCUCAGGCAAGUGGCACCUGGGACUUAUUCCAGAAGCAUUCCCUGCUAAAAGAGGGUUCCAGAAAAGUUUUGCACUACUUCCUGGUGCCGCUAACCAUUACGGCUGGGAACCACAGCUCGAGUUUGGAAACAAAACAGUCGACGAAGUUGUUCCCGACUUGUUACAGGCCACUGCACCUGUGCUCCAUGCCGAGGGUGAAAACUAUUAUACAAAGCGAUUACCAGAAGACUUUUAUUCUUCUGAUUUUUACGCAGGUAAGUUUCUCGAGUACCUCAAUGAGCAUGUUGAAAAAAAGAAGAAAGAAAAUAGUGAUCAGCCAUUUUUUGGGUUCCUUACAUUUACUGCCCCACACUGGCCACUCCAAGCCCCACGACAUUUGAUUGAAAAAUACAAGGGUGUUUACGACGAGGGUCCUGCUGCUUUAAGAUUAAAGCGCCUUGCACGUCAAAAAGAACUUGGUAUUAUUCCUCAAGAAGUUGAACCACACCCUGUGGUUCCACUUGGCACUUCGGACUGGGAGGAUCUUGACGAUCUUCAGCGCAAAAAGUCUGCCCGUGCCAUGGAAACUUUUGCAGCAAUGGUCGAGCGACUUGACUGGAAUGUUGGCAAAGUUGUUGAGAGCUUGGAAAAGUCUGGAGAACUCGAUAAUACUUACAUUAUCUUUCUUUCAGAUAAUGGUGCCGAGGGCGCUGAUCUCGAGGCAAAGACUAUCAUCACCGGUAGUUUGUCUGAACACAUUGAAAAGUACUACAACAACUCUUUAGAAAAUAUUGGUAACGGCGACUCGUACGUGUGGUACGGCACCCGUUGGGCUCAAGCUGCAACUGCUCCAUCUAAGCUUUUUAAAAUGUUUUCAUCUGAAGGUGGUAUCCACGUCCCUAUCAUCAUUUCACACCCUGGACUUAGUCCCGAGCACAAGGGUUCUAUAAACAGCACAUUCUCCACCGUCAUGGAUAUUGCCCCGACUCUUCUUGAACUUGCAGGUGUUGCACAGCCAGACACCAAGAAUUAUAAGGGCCGUGAGAUUGCGCCAAUUCGCGGCAAGUCAUGGGUCAAAUUUCUUCAGAACCCAUCUGCAGUCAAUUCUAUUUAUGACAAAGAUGAGACUGUUGGCUGGGAGUUGUUUGGACAAGCAGCUGUGCGCAAGGGUGACUGGAAGAUUACCUUUAUUGGAAAUCCUGUUGAAGAAAAUAGCUGGAAGUUGUUUAACAUUCGUGAGGACCCUGGUGAGGUUCAUGAUUUGUCUAGCAAGUACCCAGAAAAAUUUGACGAGCUGCUGGAAGGCUGGGAAGAUUACAAAAAGAAUUAUAAUGUUCUGGGACUUAAGACUGAAUGGGCAAGCUUGCCUGUAAAUGAGAUUGAUGAUGAUACCUUGUGGAUGAAGUAUGAGCGAUUGACUGCUUUUAAAGUCAAGCGAGCGAUCGAAGCAGAAGCUGCUCGUGUGUCGGUCAAAGCCUAG